AUGAUGGAGGCCAUCAAAAAAAAGAUGCAGAUGCUGAAGCUGGACAAGGAGAAUGCCCUGGACCGGGCAGAGCAAGCAGAGGCUGAGCAGAAGCAGGCAGAGGAGAGGAGCAAGCAGCUGGAGGAUGAACUAGCAGCUAUGCAGAAGAAGCUUAAAGGAACAGAAGAUGAGCUGGACAAAUAUUCUGAAGCCUUGAAGGAUGCCCAAGAAAAGCUGGAGUUGGCAGAGAAGAAAGCAGCUGAUGCGGAGGCUGAGGUGGCAUCCUUGAAUCGUAGGAUCCAGCUGGUUGAAGAGGAAUUGGACCGUGCUCAAGAACGCCUGGCGACUGCCUUGCAAAAGCUGGAGGAAGCUGAGAAAGCAGCUGAUGAGAGUGAAAGAGGGAUGAAGGUCAUUGAGAACCGGGCCUUAAAAGAUGAAGAAAAAAUGGAACUUCAGGAAAUUCAACUCAAAGAAGCUAAGCAUAUUGCAGAAGAGGCAGAUCGGAAGUAUGAAGAGGUGGCUCGUAAAUUGGUGAUUAUUGAGGGUGACUUGGAGCGCACAGAGGAGCGGGCUGAGCUGGCAGAGUCUAAGUGUUCUGAGCUGGAGGAGGAGCUGAAGAAUGUCACCAACAACCUCAAGUCUCUUGAGGCUCAGGCGGAGAAGUAUUCUCAAAAAGAAGAUAAAUAUGAAGAAGAGAUAAAGAUUCUUACUGAUAAACUUAAAGAGGCAGAGACCCGUGCUGAAUUUGCUGAGAGAUCGGUAGCCAAGCUGGAAAAGACCAUUGAUGAUUUGGAAGAGCGUCUCUACAGCCAACUUGAGCGAAACCGCCUGCUCUCUAAUGAGCUGAAGCUAACGCUGCAUGACCUGUGUGACUGAUGGCGGGGCCCAUAAGCCAAGCUCACUGCUCACACCAGUGAACCGGACACCAGCAAAAGCUGAUUGUCUUUUUAGAAGUGACUGUUUUGCCCUUUCCAAGUUGUUGAAUGGGGGCUGAUAGGAUCUUGUUGACUUCCUAUCCACACUGUAUUGGGACAGUCAAUAUUGUGUUUCUCUCCCUUUUGAGGAGCUAUGGGGAAUAUAGGGAGGGACUUCAGAGAUUCUAGAUAAAAAAGCAUGGGCUUUUUCUGAUUCCCUCACCUGUUCCCUACUUGCUGCUCUUUCACUUGUGCAUCUACUGUAGAAGAGGUCAUUCACUUGCAUGGGUGUUUACUAACAAUAAAAGGACUAACUUGGCAAGAAGGUGUGACCACUUUAAUUGCAGGCCCAGGAAUAGGCCAUCCUAACUGGGUGGGAAAUGGGACAGGAAAGGAGGGCAAGUAAGAUUUGAUGGUUCGAUAUUGCCACCCUUUUGCACUUUCUCAACCUCCCGAGAACAAGUUUGAGUGCAUUAUUUGCAGCAUUGGUUCUCUUAAUGUUCAGUGUUGGUUUUCUCCCUGCCAUUUUGCCUUUUCAUGGUUCCUGGAGUAAUUGUAAAUAACUAUCACAGGCUUGUAGGCUAUGGCACUAUAAAAGUCUCAAGAUUUUGCUUGCACAUGUACACAUUGGGACAGUAUUCUUGUCUUUUUCUUUAAUCUUUGAUUUAGCCAUGGGGGUUCUUUUAUUCCACCAGUAAUUUUUCUCCCUUCUUUUUGGGGAGAAAGCCUAGGGGGUGCAAGAGACCUCCUGUUCUUCCUAUACACUAAAACAAAUGGAAGUAGUGGUUGUGUGUGGAUGGGAGAGGAAAUGACCGAUUAAAAGUCCUCCCUUCCUUCCUUGGUAUAGUACAGCAGCACCUGCAAUUUCAGCAGGCCAGAGAUCCUGCAAACCAAGGGAUGCAAUAGCUGGCUGGUGCAACUGAGAGGGCAGCUCUUGUGCUACUCUGUCGCUUCCCUGCAGCAGGAGCAACUCUCAGAUUGAGUGGACCUUGACAUGUCCUUCUGGUUUGUAUGACGUUUUUCCUUUACCCCCACUAGAUAAACUGAAAUGCACCAAAGAGGAGCACCUGUGUACACAAAGGAUGCUGGACCAAACUCUGCUGGACCUGAAUGAGAUGUAGAGCGCCCUGAGUCCUGCCCUGCCUCUGCGCCUCCCUCCAACCCUGACUCCGCCUGAGGCCAGCCUGCUGGAAGCUGACCAUUCUAAAAGGGCUGACCUUUAACUGGAAAGCUGCUUUCUCCCUCACUGCCCUUCCCACGCUCCCACCCUCACCCCCUGCUAUCUUUUGGGCCAAACUCGCUUUGCCUCUCCUUCAGAGAUUCCCUUUGGGAGAGAGGCAAAGCACCUAGGGAGAGAGGUAAAGCACCUUUCAGAGCAACAUCUAAGGGAAAGUGAGCACAAUGCAAAGUAUCUUUAAAAGCAUGUUGUCAAAUGUACACAUUGUGUAAUUGACCCUUUUUUGUUGUAGCAAGCCAUUUGUAAGACAUUCCAAGUCAUUCUACAGUUUUGAGGCAGCACUCUAAUCCUUUCUCUUUUGGAAGGGGACUUUUUAGCUGAAUGCAUUUUGUCCUCUUUAAAAAGGGUAAGGACUGGGCCUGCCAUACAGAGAUAUACACAGCCUAGAGAAAGACUCCACUAUGGGGAAACCUCAGCUCUGUACAAAGUCUAGCCAGAUAGUGAAAGGGGAUUCCAAGAGGAGUUAGCCAAAAAUGUGCUGUUUAGUUUUUCAGCUUUACGGUAUCUCUGGGCAACUUUUUUUUUUGUUUGUUUUGUUCUUUUAAUU